CCUCCUCCUCCUCCUCCUCCUCCUCCUCCGCCGCCUCGGCAGUCCUGUAUUGGGUUUCAUUCCUGCAGUUCUGACUGAAUGAACGCUGAUCAAUUAUUUACAGAGAAGCUGAAGGUCAGAGGAGAGAAACCCUGAGAGACCCUGAGGCCCCGAAAACACAGACAGCUUCUGAUCCACAACGCCACCGAGACCCGAGGACUGAGACCAGAGACCCGAGACCCGAGACCAGAGACCCGAGGACCGAGACCAAGACCCGAGACCCGAGACCAGAGAGGACGACCGGGACGGCUGACGAGUCCUGAGACAUGGCUCGGUCCGGAGAUUAGACGGACGGAUAAAGACAUCGAUCGAUCGGAGGAAGGACAAAUGAAGGAAACCUCAGCGAGUGAGAAGACCUGAGUCCGGUGGAGGAGAUGACGCCGGAGGAACCUGAACCGAUCCACAAAUAGCCUUCAGAGGUUCAUCAUGGGAUUGAGCCAAAUCUCCAACGUCACUCCAGACAUCGGUUUGGUGGCGGUGGCGGCGGCGGCGGCAGCGAGCAACCAUCCCAACAUCUCCGACACCUCGUCCUUCCCUCCGUCAUCCUGCAGCAUCGACGAAUCCUACAAGUACGUGUUCCUGCCUGUCUGCUACUCGCUGACCUUCGUCUUCAGCCUCACCCUCAACUCGGUGGUGCUGCUGCGCUCCUGCCGCCACAACAGCGGCUGCUGCGGCGGCGGCGGCAGCGGUGGUAGCAGUGGCGGCGGGCGGCGCUGGAACACCUCGCUGAUCUACAUGGUGAACCUGGCCACCACCGACCUGAUGUACGGUCUGUCGCUGCCCUUCCUGGUGGCGAGCUACGUGCUGAGGGACAGCUGGGUGUUCGGCGACUUCAUGUGCCGCCUCGUCCGCUUCCUGUUCUACUUCAACCUCUACUGCUCCAUCUUCUUCCUCACCUGCAUCUCCGUGCACAGGUACCUGGGGAUCUGCCAUCCGAUGAGGACCAUCACUCUGGAGAGCAAGCGGGUGGUGAAGGGGACCUGUGCACUAGUGUGGGUGGUGGUCUUCAUCCUCACCUGCCCCAUCUUCAGGUUCGCCCAGACGGGAUACGUCAGGAGAGGAGGUGGCGGCGGCGGCAGUGUUAUCGGACCCGGAGGGGCGACGGAAGGCGGGAACAGUACUGGAUCUCCGUCGGAGGACGAGGGGGGAUACAUGAACUGCUGGGACGACGCCAUCGAUAAGGAGUUUGCCGACUACGUCCCGUACGGAAUCGUCCUCCACCUGCUAGGCUUCUUCGUGCCCUUCGUCAUCAUCGCCUGGUGCUACUCUCAGGUGGUCAGGACGAUAUUUCAGACGCUGCGCUCCCCUCCCAGCUCCGUAGAGGGCGGCGAGGACGGUCCCGUGGGAGACGGGGCGAUAGAGGGAGCGAGAGACCGGGAGAGAACCUCCGUCUCCAUUUCCGGAUCGCAGUACUCGCACUACAUCCGGCGGCGACGGAAAUCCAUCAAGACCAUCGUGACCAUCACGCUGCUGUUCGCGCUCUGCUUCCUGCCCUUCCACGUGACCCGGACGCUGUUCCUGCUCCUGCGGCGGGGGCAGCUCGGCAGCUGCAACGUCAUGAAGACCGUCUCCAUCUGCUACAAGGUCACCCGGCCGCUGGCGUCCUGCAACGCCUGGCUCAACGCCCUCCUCUACUUCCUGACAGGGGAUAAGGGCGCCCCCUGCUGCUGGCCGGCGGAGCACACCGUCCGCCGGGACCACCGGGGCGGAUCCCUCUGGUGGCCGCUGAAGAUCCUGAAAAAAGAGGGCGUGGGAGAGGACGACCACGAGGCGGCUGAGAAGAUCGAACGGGUGGUGCACAUAGAGAACGAGUCCAAGUCUUCACGGGUCAUCUUCUAGAAGCUUCUACUGCUCUCUCUUUAGAGAAGACUUCAGACAGUGCAGGAUGUGCUGAGUAUGGUUAAUACUAGUGCUCUGCAAUACCCGGGUUUCCAUACCAGUCAAGUUUC